AUGAGUUCCCAUCAUCAACAACAACUACUUGCUUGUUUGCAAACAGGUCAGACCGUUGAUAUUCAACGAUCCAAUGGUCGCAUACAUCAAGCUGUUAUCACUCAAAUAAAUCAAGAAAACAAAAGUGUCACUGUUGAAUGGCAAGAGAAAAACGAAGGCAAAGGCAAAGAAGUCGAUUUAGAUGCAAUUUUUCAAUUGAAUCCAAAUCUCUUUACGGCUGUGACGAACGCAUCCAAUGGUGCUACUGAUCACGAUGCAAAUAAUAAUAAUAAUAAUAAUGGUGAUUAUUACACUAACGGUGGUACUGUGUCACAUUCAAAUCGUCGGACAAAACAGCAAGGUAGUGAAGUCGAAACUGGGCGUAAGCCAUCUCAAGUACCUGUCGUUGCUCGACCAGCCAUUGGAUCGACAUCGGGCGCUCAAGUGAAUAACGAAGUGUCUCCUCAGAAACAAGCACCGAUUGCAUCGGUACAACCAACAUCUACAACGGAUUCAAAUAAGUCGAAAGUCGUGAAAGAAAUCGAACGUAUAGCUGCCAAUCGUGAGCAACGUCGUGCCAGACAGGAUGAACGCCGACAGAAACUAUCCGAAGUUGAUCAAUCGAUACCUGCAUGGGAAUUUCAAGCCAUGGUGAGCGAAUAUCGGCAGCAACUGGAUGUAAGUGUAUUGACAAUGAACGAGCCACAAAAAGAUUUAAAAAUCUGCGUUUGUGUACGCAAACGACCGAUAACCAAAAAAGAAUUAAGUAAAAAAGACAUCGACGUAUUGACAAUUCCCAAUAAAGAAGUCGUUAUUGUUCACUUACCCAAAGUCAAAGUCGAUCUAACGAAAUACAUUGAUAAUCAAAAGUUUCGUUUCGACUAUGGUUUUCAUGAAUCGUGUAAUAACGAACUUGUCUAUCAUUUCACAGCUCAACCAUUAGUACAAUCAUUAUUCCAAGGAAACAAUCCAAUGGUAUUUGCCUAUGGACAAACGGGUUCUGGUAAAACAUAUACCAUGGGUGGUGAUUUAAGCCAACGUGAUGUGGAUUUUUCCAAAGGAAUCUAUGCAUUAACAGCCAAUGAUAUCUUUCGUCAUUUGAAUAAAUCUCAAUACAAAGGCCAAUUUGACGUUUACUGUACAUUUUUCGAAAUCUAUUGUACCAAAGUAUUCGAUUUAUUUAAUGAGAAGAAACGUCUACGUGUACUGGAAGAUCACAAGAAUCUAGUUCAAGUUGUAGGUAAAAAGGAAGAACAGGUGGAAUCGGUUGAAGACGUAAUGGCUUUAAUUCGACGCGGUAUGAGUGUGCGAACAUCAGGUACAACAUCAGCGAACGAAAACUCUUCUCGAUCUCAUGCUGUGUUUCAAAUUACUUUGAAGAAAAAGAAUGUAACAAAAGAAUAUGGUAAAAUUUCCUUAAUUGACCUAGCUGGUAGUGAACGUGGACGUGAUACUCAAACCAGUGAUAAAACAACGCUUAUGGAAGGUGCGCAAAUCAACAAAUCCUUGUUAACAUUGAAAGAAUGUAUUCGUUCAUUGGGGCGUAAUGCCGAGCACAUUCCAUUCCGUGGUUCAACCUUAACUAAAGUUCUACGUGAUUCAUUCAUUGGUGAACGUUCGAAAGUGUGUAUGAUCGCCAUGGUUUCUCCAGGAAAUAGUGAUGCUGAGCAUACGCUGAAUACAUUACGUUAUGCAGAUCGUGUUAAAGAAUUAAACGUUGAAGAAAUAAAACAACGUGGUGGAAGUAAUCAUGCCGGACAAGUUGGUGGCGGACACGAUGAUAUAGGCUUAGGUCAAGGCUUAGAUGAAGAAGAUGAAAUGGAUGACGACGAUGACGGCGAUGAUUUAGUUGGAAUGAACAAUCAAAAUCAAGUUAUACCGACAUCACGUUAUGGUGGACAACAAUCGAAUAUUCCUAAAGCUCAACCGCAACAAGCACAAGCAAUAAAUAAUAAGCGACCGGUUGGACAUAACAAAAAAUCGGAAGCAACGCGUAAAUUCGAAGAAGCCAUUGCACGUUCACAAGAAAUCGAAGAUUUAACGCUCGAAUCUCAUAAUGAAUUAAUUGAUGAUUUACCUCAAAUCGUUGCAAAUCAUCAGAGUUUACUUGAUUUAUCGACGAACAUGAACUAUGAUCGUGAUGAAUAUGCUAAACAAUUAAUUCAUUUGAUUGACACUCAACAACAGCAUUUAACUGAACUACGUAACAAAGCAUUACAAAUGCGAGAAGCUGUUACUUAUGAAGAUUUAUGUGCUAAAGGUUUAUCAUCAAAAUGA